UGCUCCUUCGCUUUUCACGCAGCAAGCAGCAGUGCACUGAGCUGCAGAGCCAGCGCGCCAACCGAAGCUAGGCCUCAACGGCCUCAAACGGCCACGGCCGGCAGCAAAUAGCGUCAGACUCAGAGCACGCUCCUGCGUAGUGCGUACUAGUGCGCUGCCCUGCGCCCGCGCGGCAUGGCAUUCGCAUUGCUGGUGGCAGCAGCGAGAGCGGAGAGUGCUGGAAGCACUCGCAGCCCAGCCGCAGCCGCAGGCGGAGGCCGAGCAAUGGGAGGAGGAUGGCCGCGUCCCGGCGGGGCCUUGGCGGCGCCGCGCUUGCUCCUCCGAGCGCUGCUGCUCUGCUCCCUCCUCGCGCAGCCGCAUCCGUCGCGCGCCUUCUUCUUCUUCGGCGGCGUGCGCACCAGCUUGCACGUCCCCCAGCACCGCGGUGGUGGACGCGAGGAGAAGGUGCCCAUGACCGUCGUCGUCCCGGACUACUCGCCGCGGCCCGCGCCGCUCGGCCUCUCGCCCUCAGCCGCGCCCGCGCCCGCGCCGGUGCCCGGCUCGGACGGCGACGAAGACGGCACGCCGAGGCUGCCGUCAGAGCGGCGGGGCACGGGCGCGCCCUCGUCGACCGGUCACAGCGCGAGCGCACAGGCGCCGGCCGCGGCCACCAGCACCGACUUCGUCAGCAGCAGCCCCGCCGUGCCGCUCCCGGCCGGCGUCACGGACUCCGCCACCGUCCUGCCCAUGCCCACUCCCGGACAGCAUCUCCGGGACGACGUGGGGAUGGGCACCCGGCGGCUUCAGGCUAGGGUGUUGCAGCUCGCCGUCCCUCUUCUCAUGAUGCUGUCUUUUGCGGCUACCUCUGUCUCUGCUGGAGUUGUUAUGUGAUCACAAGGGCUCUCUCUCUCUCUCUCUCUCUCUCUGUACUGUAGCCUCCACUGACACUCAUAGAUCAUCAUCACCUCAUCUGUAACCAAGGUCGCCAUGCUUGCUAUUGCUGCUGAUUCCUGAGUUCA